AUGUGUAAAGUCAGAAAAGAUACUAAAACAGACAGCAAAGGAGAAAAAUUUCCUCACGAAAUUGGGACAUCAUUAAUACGCAAAAGCAAACAAUUUUCAGUUCGUGACAAUUAUAAAUCGUAUAUAAGUACAUUUCGGCUUCUUAAAAAAAAGUCCUACGUAACACCAGAACGAAGAAAAUUUUUAAGAUGCUGUGAAAUGACCGAAGCGAAGGCACAUCACAAUGUUGAACUCUGGAAAUUAAAUUAA